GCUCCAAAUCAUACUUUGGAAAAGGGUUUUUGCUUGGCUCUUCGAACUUAGGGGAUCAAUUGAUAUCAGAUACCAAUGCUGAAUCGGAAAUCUGUGCUGGGAAAGCCCGGCUUCGUCUGUCGGAGCUGUGUACGACAAUAUCAGUAUCAGCUGCGCCGGGCUUCCACUUCAACACAGGAUAAUAUCUAUGAUGUUGUAUGUGUUGGCGGUGGGCCAGCAGGUCUGAGCUUGCUGACAGCUCUUCGGGCCAAUCCUCUAACGGCUGGUCUCCGCGUUGCCCUCAUCGAAGCCCAGGACCUUUCCAAAACCAAGUCGUUCUCACUCCCUUUGACCCAGUUCUCCAACCGGUGUAGUUCUCUUACCCCUGCGUCGGCUCAAUAUCUCGACAAAAUCGGUGCAUGGCGACAUUUACAGCGUGAACGUGUGCAGGGCUACCAGGAGAUGCAGGUUUGGGAUGGAGUGACAGGUGCCCGUAUAGAGUUCGACUGGCCACCCAGUACGACCGGGGACAAGACGAUUGCCUACAUGGCUGAAAAUCUGAACUUGACAUCCGGCCUGCUCAAGAGAUUGCAAGAACUCGGCGGAGUGGACGUCUUUGACAAGACGAAAGUGGAGAGUAUUGAUCUGGGCAAGGAGACCGAAGACUUGGAUCUGAGUGAUUGGCCAGUCGUGCAGCUCUCAAGUGGCCAGUCAUUAGCAGCACGACUUCUUGUUGGCGCAGAUGGGGCAAACAGUCCAGUACGCACAUUCGCCGGUAUCAACAGCCGCGGAUGGGACUAUGGUAGACACGGCGUUGUGGCAACCCUCGAGCUCGAAGGCGAGGGCUGGGGCGGCCAAUUCAACAAGAUUGCGUACCAGCGAUUCUUGCCUACGGGCCCAGUUGCAAUGCUCCCUAUGCCUGGAAAAUACGCUACGUUGGUCUGGUCUACUGCACCUGAGAAGGCGGCUUUGCUCAAGAGUCUGAGCCUCAAAGACUUCAUCGCUAUGGUCAACGCCGCCUUCCGUUUGAGUCCCGUCGACAUUGGUUUCAUGCAUACACAGGAGAACAACCAGGUGGAGGAACUAUCUUGGCGCUUGCAGCACACUCAUGUUGACGCGGAGUCUCUUCCACAGACCGUUGUUGGAGUUCAGGAGGGGAGCAUCGCUUCUUUCCCUCUGAAGAUGCGUCAUGCCGACACAUACACUGGCGAACGCGUCGCACUUGUCGGCGAUGCGGCGCACACUAUUCACCCCUUGGCUGGUCAAGGCUUGAACCAGGGUCAAGGGGAUGUCCAGAGCCUAGCCAAAACGAUUGAGUAUGCUGUCUCCCAUGGUCAGGACCUUGGCACUCAGCUGUCUCUCGAACCAUACAACAACGAGCGCUAUGCCGCCAACCAUGUCAUUAUUAACGUUUGUGAUAAGCUUCAUAAACUCUACUCUGCCGAGAGUGGUCCUCUUGUGCCGCUUCGUUCAGUUGGUCUUCGGGCUGUCAAUGCUCUCGGCCCCCUGAAGAAUUUCUUUAUGGAGCAGGCUUCUGGGACUGGUACUAAGCUUUUGUAGACUUCUGGCCAGACAGGCCAGAUAAACCCUCCAGCCCUCAAAGCAUUUGCUUUUGUCUGUAACACUAGAACUGUACCUAUCACACCCAAGAAUAAUGGAAAUAAGAUGAUUCAUUGCUAUUUCAGAACACGCAUCACCUCUACAUAGCUUCUCGCUCGAGCACACGACGUUUGUGGGAGUAUUUACCGUGGUCUCCCUAUCAGCUAUGAUUACAAACAAAAGAAACCCAUUCUAACCUUCUUUCUUUUCGAAAAUGCUUCACCUAUCGACCUCACCUACGAUUGGAUUAGCAUGACUUCCCAGUAAAAGAAAGGAAGCAAACUUACCGAACACCAGAUCCAUAGUACCAAUGACCGCGACAGCAUCAGCCAGCAAGUGACCCUUGGAGACGUGAUCGAAGCCACCCAAGUGGGCAAAACCAGGAGCACGAAUGUGGCAUCGGUAUGGUCGCUCGCUACCAUCAGAAACGACGUACACACCCAUCUCACCCUUAGGGGCCUCGAUGGCAGAGUAGGUCUCACCAGGAGGAACAGCGUAGCCUUUAGUGUAAAGCAAGAAGUGGUGGAUAAGUGCCUCCAUGUUCUCCUUCAUGGCGGAUCGAGGAGGAGGAGAGACCUUGUAAUCCUCAACACGGACGGGACCUGCGGGCAUCUUGUUGAGGCACUGGUGAAUAAUGCGGAGAGACUGUCGGAACUCCUCCAUUCGGCAGAGGUAUCGAUCGUAGCAGUCACCAUUGGUUCCAACGGGAACGUCGAACUCAACCUGGUCGUAGGCAUCAUAUGGCUGGUUCUUUCGGACAUCGAAAGGAACACCAGAACCUCGAAGCAUCACACCAGUGAAGGAUAGGUUCAGGGCCUCAGUGGCGGGAACAACACCAACACCCCUCAAUCGCUCAAUCCAGAUACGGUUAUCAGUCAACAUCUCCUCGGUCUCGUCGAUUCGGUCGCCGAAUUGGGUAGCCCACUGGUAAAUAUCGUCGAGAAGGCCAACGGGGAUGUCCUGAUGAACACCACCGGGUCGAACGUAGGCAGCGUGGAGACGGGCGCCGGAAACACGCUCGUAGAAUUCCUGGAACAUGUCAAUUGCUGAUUUUCGUCAACCACGCAUGAUACACAUACCAUGAGCUUCUCACGCUCUUCGAAACCCCACAGGAAAGGUGUCAAAGCACCAACAUCCAUAGCGUGUGAGAGAACAGACAUCAAAUGGUUAAGAAUACGAGUGAUCUCGCCAAACAGAGUUCGGAUAAACUUGGCUCGCUCAGGGAUUUCGACGUUGAGAAGCUUCUCAACAGCAAGGGAAAAACAUUGCUCGUUGGUCAUCAUAGAGACGUAAUCAAGUCGAUCAAAGUAAGGCAGAGCUUGGAGAUAAGUUUUGUACUCGAUCAAUUUCUCAGUACCUCGGUGCAGCAGACCGACGUGGGGGUCCGCUCGGACAAUCUCUUCACCAUUGAGCUCGAGAAUCAAACGCAACACGCCGUGGGCAGCGGGAUGCUGAGGACCAAAGUUGACGGUAUAGUGUCGAACCUUUCGGUCCUGGACGGAGUUCUCGCGCGACUUUCGGGUACCGGCUUUUCGGGGCUUGGAGAGGCCGUAGGCAUCUUGGGCGGAUGAGAAGUCCUCGUCAACGGGGAUGAGUCUGGUGCCGACGGGCUCGACAGCGGCGGCAUACUUUCGCAGGCAGGUCGUCGAGAAAGGGCGGGCAGCGAAUGUUGCUGGCCGCAUGCACAGGCUCUUGGCGCCUCGGCUGGCGAAUCGGAGGGAAGCCAUUGUGUAAAGAGCAGAGAGGGGACGGCCGUUAGUGAGACGAGAUGUGUAGAGUCUCCCGAGAGGGCCUCUGGCUCGAGGUCAAUGGCAGGUUGAUGGAGGGGGAAUUCGCCUUCGUGAUAGUGGCCGUCAUCUCCCGCGGUCCGGGGAUCUGUGUCGAAACCUGGGAGCUUUGCUCUUGGUGGUGGGCCGGACUAUUAUUCUUGCGGAAGGCUGACCAAUCAGAAGUCAACUAUUACUCGUUGAUUUUUCUGCUCCGCGACCAACAUCUGUCACCAAUUGCAUCGCAUCACUCGGCCGAGUAGUAUACUGUAAUUGAGAAGAGUCGUUCUACAAACUUGUAUGGUUCAAGGCGUUUCGAAAACCAUGUAUUGAUUGAGAUUUGUAUUCUUCUUAUGAAAAACAACCUUCACGUUUUGAAUAACCUGAGCUCAUCGCUGCAACUUGCCGCUAAGAAUUCAAGCCGUCAUCUAUUCUCUAGGCUCAAGACGAGGAAUUCUUGAUUCCCCCUAGCUAACAAUCUCUGCAUAAGUGAGAAUAGUGACUAAUACAAGGCACUUUCGAUCUAUGAGUUAAUCUUGACUGCAAGGCAAAGACUGGGUAAACUUUGGCAAUACAUUUCAUC